AUGCUUCGUGUCAUGGGUGUUGCUGCUGAUUUGAAUCACCUCUACUGGUCACCCCACCAAGACUUGUUCUUUUCUGCUGCACACGCGGGUUGGGCAUUGAUGAUGGAAGAUUAUAUUAACCAUCACCUUCAGCAGCAGCAACAAAACCAUCUUCAAGGACAGCAACAGCAGCAGAAUCAGAAUAUCGAGUGUGAAAGGAUGGAGAGGUACCCGAGAGAUUUGCUUCAGGGGUUUGUCAUGAGAGGUGUUGCUGUUAGGGAUGAUAACGUUAGCAUAGCCCAACGUCUUCAUCACCAUCAUCAUGAACAACAGCAACAGCAUGAAGAGGAGGAUGAAGAUGUUGAGUUGAACCUUGGUCUCUCUCUAGGAGGAAGGUUUGGGGUGGAUAAGAACGCAAAAAAGAAGAAGCUUAUGCGUUCUUCUUCUGUGGUGGGGACAAUGCCUCUAUUCAGGGAGGACGACGCCGUAGCGCCGCCUCUCGCAGCGUUUCCUGCGCUGAUGAGAACGUCGUCGCUGCCGACCGAGACCGAGGAGGAGUGGCGGCGGCGGAAGGAGAUGCAGACGCUGCGUCGGUUGGAGGCCAAGAGACGCCGGUCCGAGAAGCAGAAGGGAUCCCGGGAGGCCGUCAUCGGUGGCUGCGCGGCCGCCGAGGAGGUGGAGGGUGGAAGUGUAGCGGCAAUGGGGUUGAACAGAUUUGGUUCUUCCACACUGUCGCCGCCACCACUGGGUUGGGGUGUAGCGGCGCCGAAGCAGGUUGUUCUUGGUGAUGUGUUGGGGAAGGGGAAAGGUUUUCAAGGGCUGUUUGGGCAGCCAUCUUCUCAGGGAUCGGCAGAUUCGCAAGGUGGAAGCUCUUCAUCAGUGUCUGAAAUGGAUAGCAAAGCUAUUUUAGAUAAUGCUCCGUGUGUAGUUGCAGUUUAUAAAGUAUGUCUUGGCAGUGUGCUCAACAUGACAGGAUCAGGUAGUUGUGGUGAAGCAAGCCCUGCUAGUAAUCAAUCAGCACAAGACCGAUUCAGCCAGGAUGCUGUGGGUUUAGGGGCUAAGACAGAUGAGAAUGUGGGUAGAACUUCCAAAGCUGAGGUGGAGAAUCCAUCUAAGAAACCCCAUCCUUCCCAAAACACAAUGAGAAAGCAAAUUGGGACAAACUCAAUGGAAGACAUGCCUUGUGUGUUUACAAAAGGGAAUGGUCCUAAUGGGAGAAGGAUUGAGGGAAUCUUGUACAAAUAUGGUAAAGGGGAGGAAGUAAGAAUCAUGUGUGUGUGCCAUGGAAACUUCCUCUCUCCAGCUGAGUUUGUUAAGCAUGCUGGUGGUGGGGAUGUUGCACACCCCCUUAGACACAUUGUUGUGAACCCUUCUGCUGCACCCUUUUAG